AUGGCCGGCAACUUCCCCGCGGAGCACCCUCUGUGGCGGGACAUUAACUUUUGUCCAGAGUGGGUCUACCAGCGCAUUCAGGAGGAGGCCGCCAGAGCGGGCCGCCCAGGGCGCCAAGUCGCCGAGGAGCCGGUCAUACUUCCUGGCGCCGACCAACCGUGGACCGAUGAGGAGAAUGCUGUGGUGCUCUAUGCACAAUCAGAUGUUGGGAGGGCUGAUGGCAUGUCCUAUGCACAUGUUGCCCAUGCGCUGGGAAGGUGGGUCCAGCACAGGGUGCUCUGUCGUUCGUGCAGCCAAGAAGAGGAGUGCAUGGUGGAAGUAGUUCACUGGCAGUGUUCAAAUGGAUAA